AGUGACAUACAGGCAAUCUGGCAAUAGUAUAGUACUAUAGUAUAGCAAGCACAGCAAACACAUCUAACAGCUAACAUGAGGAAAGAGGAAAGAGGAAAGAAGAAAGAGUAAAGAGGAAAGAGCGUCUUUUUGACUGUAGAACAAGCUGUUGCUCGCUCGUUGCUGUUAGUAGUAAUCCCUGGUAGCACCAUACCCACCAUACCUACCAUACACCAGUGCAGAAACAGAAACCGCACCCACCCAACCAACCAACCAACCAACCUAUACAACAACAAUAAUAACGAUUCUUUCCUCACGGUUAUUUAUUUUAAUAUAUACAACAAUGUCAUUUUUUGAGUGAGUUGUCUUAAAAUUUUAUUUUUUAAAAUCUACAUUACAUGAAUCACAACAAUUAUAUAUUGCCAGUUUAAGUCAGUUUAAGUUAUAAUACUUAUGUGGAUUUUCCUGGAGUUACUGGUUACUCCUCCUACACAAAUCCAAGUUUGUCUUGGAUGAGCAAAUACUGGAAAUGACUGGAAAGUGAAUUUACGGAUCACGGAGAGUGCAUCAGUCUAUUUAAUCGAACGUAAGCGUGUAGUGUAUGUGUGUGUGUGUGUUUAUAUGUGUGUGCUAUGUGCUUUUUUAUGUAUAUACAUACAUAUAAAUUCUCAGUGAAAAGUGAAAAGUUUCUUUGUUUUUAUAUAAAAAAUAAUCAUGUUUUUCAAUGAAAAAAUAAUAAUAAUUAAGUUUUGUUUUUUUAAUAAAUACUUGGGAUGAUAAUGUUAUGAUCUCUCAGAAUUAAUAAACUAAAUAAACUGUAAAUAAUAAUAAAGAUAUAAAAAAUGAAUCAAAAUAUAUGUCGACAUAAAAUUGAAUUUUUAUGGUUGUUUUUAUGGACAAUUGUGUGUCUGACUGGUUUGAGUUAUAGUAAACCGGAGAACCCAGUGGCCCGAGAGGCUCCAGAGGGUUCAACAGACAUUCCGUCCAUUUACUAUACAGAACCAUCUGCACCUGAGAACAAUGACGCGACAGAGCUCAAUGAAUUACCUGGUGGUCACAUUAUUAGUGGACAACGGAUUUUUAAAAGAUCCUCUAGUCCGUAUAUUUUGCGAGAAGAUCUUUUUGUUGAAAAAGAUGGACAACUUGUAAUUGAACCUGGAGUGGAAAUUAGGUUUUCACCUAUGGUCGGAAUUACUGUCCGAGGAGUUAUCACAGCAAAGGGAGAGCCGGAUGCUGAAAUAUCUUUAACAAGUUCGGAGACAUCGCUUGGUCUACCAGAGUCUCGAUCGAUUCGUCUGGUGGAUGGGCCAAGUCCCCUUGAGGGUAGAGUCCAACUUUUUCAUAAGGGCUUAUGGCGAUCAGUUUGCACAAAUUCACGAAAUUGGACCCGAGCGGAUUAUGAAAUAGCCUGUCGUCAGCUUGGAUUUCAAGGUGGAAAAUGGUCAAGUUGGUUUGACAGACAAUGGCCAGAAAAUCCAAGACUACUUUAUGAAGAGCCACAGUGUCGGGGUAUCGAAUCAUCUCUACAAGACUGUAAAAAUUGGUCAUUUAGACAGCUUGGUGCUGGUGUUUGUGAUUACCAUCCUGAUUUAGCGAUUGUUUGUUUACCAUUUCAUGAUGGAUCAAGUAAAGCAAAAAAACAUUGGCGUGGUAUUAAAUUUGAAAAUGCCCCUUACGACAAUCCUUUGACUCAAGAUAAUACUUUUUACAUACGACAAUCUAAAUCUAUUCUUCGAUAUAUAAAUAUCAAAUAUGCUGGUACUGGGAGAGAAAAUAAUGUAACAUCUGCUCUACAUGUGGAAGGUGUUCCACCUCGUAUGCAAUGGGUUUCAAUACUUUAUUCAUCUUUUACGGGUAUCAAUAUAACUUUACCUGAGGCUCCAAUUGCCAUAACUAAUUGUACUAUUCGUAAUAAUCGAGGAUAUGGAAUUUAUGUAAAUAGUUCAACUGGACUAACGCACAUUGAAAAUUGUGUAGUAUUGGAUAAUGGAGCUGAUGGUAUAAAAUAUGUAAAUCAUGAUGAAAAACCAGAUGACAGACUUGAUAGAACAGAUAUAUAUGAUCUUUGUACACUUCCAGUGGGAAGUAGUCAAACAUUUCCAAUUAUUGUAUCAAUGGAACAAAAUAUUUAUGGAUUAAAUUCAAAAGAAUGUCGACAACGUAUUUUAACACUUCCAGGGCAUGUGUUGACUUUACAAUUUUUACAAAUGAAAACUGAUCGUAAUGACAGUGGAACAAUUGAAAUUUAUGAUGGUACUAGUAUUAAUGAUAAAUUAUUAGCACGUGUUUAUAUAAGAAAUGGAACAUUGCCACAAAGUAUUACAACAACUCGUCAUAAUUUAUAUCUUAAAUUUAAUGCACAACCACGAACACAAAUGAUUAGUUUUGUUAAAUUAUCUGCUGGUUAUCAUAAACUUUAUGAUUUAAAUAUAACAAGUAGUGCUAUUGCUAAUAAUAAUGGACGUGGAAUAGCUACUGAAAAACUUCGUUCUCUUUUAUAUGUUCAUGAUACUUCAGUUUCAAAUAAUAAUCAUGUUGCUGGUAUUCAUGUAUUAUAUGGUGUACCAGAUAUUAAUAUAACUAAUAGUCGAAUAUCUUAUAAUUAUGCUGAUGGUAUUAAUAUAACAGUAACAGGAGGUAAUCGUAAUAUAUCUAAAACAACAAUUUCAUCAAAUAAAGGAUAUGGUAUUGCUGUUUGGUUAAAUGAUAGUUUAUCAACUGAAUAUUUACAUUUUAAUCAAACAACAAUUGUUGAAUAUUCUGAAAUAUUUCGAAAUAAAGACAUUGGUGUACUUGUUGGUAACUCAACAGGUAUAUCAUAUGUUAAUAUUAGUGGUAAUUGUUUUAAUAGUAGUUCAGAAACUGCUGUACAAAUUGAAUCAAGUUGGAAAUAUAAUAAUGGUAUUAUGAAUCUUCAAAUAGGACACAAUAUGUUUAUUGAAAAUUUUAAACUUUGUAUUAAAUUAACUCCAGCAUUAAAUAUAAAAGGUAAAAUUGAGUACAAUCAAUUCAAUUAUAAUACUUAUGGUGGAUUAUUAAUACGUAAUCCACUAUAUGAAGAAUUUAAUAUAUUACCGGGAAAUAUAUUAAUUCAACAUAAUUAUUUUGAUGAUAAUCGAGGUGUAUUUGUUGUAAGUAUUGGAUUAUCACCUUACAGUGAUGUACAAAAAAUAAUAUUUACACGAAAUUAUUUAAGAAAUAAUAUUAUAAAAGAGCCUUUCGAUCAACAACAACAACAACAACAACAACAACAACAAAUAACAAAAUUAAUUCCACGAUCUCGUGUUGCAGCUGUAUUAGUUGUUUCUUCAGCAAAUGUUGAUAUUUAUCGUAAUAUUUUGAAUAAUUUAUAUUCAAAAUAUGAAAUAGGAUCACAUUUAGAGGAUCAAAGUAAAAUAAUAAAUUGUACUUAUAAUUGGUUAAGUGAUAUAGAUGAAGAAAAAAUCCAAGAAAGAAUUUUUGAUCGUAAAGAUAGAUAUAAUUUAGCUAAAAUUGAAUAUUUACCAUAUUUAUUACAUAAUACUAAUCCAGCAACCAAUACAAUAAUAUCACAUUCAUCAUUUAUACCAAAAUUUUUUAAUCCUAAUACAAAUUUUGUUGGAGGUGAAGUUGAUGGAUUAGAAAUGUUAUCAGCUGGUGAAUAUAUUGUUGAACGUGAUAUAAAUGUACGACCAGGUGGUAAAUUAGUUUUAAAACCAGGAGUAACUUUAAAAUUUCCUCCAGCUGUUGGAAUGAUGAUAGCUGGUAAACUUGAAGCACGUGGUAAAGGUUUAAAUAAUAUUAUAAUGACAUUAAAAGAAGAAAUAAAUAUAUUACCAUUUGAAGAAAUAAAUGAAACAAUUAGUAAUGAAGAUAAUGAUAAUAAUAAUAAUAAUGAUUAUGAUGAUGCAACAACUAUGACUGAUGAAAAUAUUACAAUGAUGACUUUACCACCUGAUGAUUUGACUGGAGUACCAGUAAGAUUGUUGGGAGGUAAAACAAAUCGUGAAGGAAGAUUACAGGUUCGUAUUCAAGGAAAAUGGGGUACUGUUUGUAACUAUGGUUGGACUAUAAGAGAUGCAGCACUUGUUUGUCAUCAAUUGGGUUUAAUUCUUGAUCCAGAUGAUUGGAAUCUUGAAAGAUCAAAUAUACCUGACGCUGGAAUAAAUCAAGAUAUAAUAAUAACAAAUGUUAAAUGUACUGAAUAUGAUAUUGAUAUAACAAAUUGUAAAUUUGAAAAUUGGGAUAAUUUUGAAUAUUCAUGUACUCAUGAUAAUGAUGUUGGCGUUAAAUGUUUAGAGGCUGGUUGGGCUGGUGUACGCCUUGGUCCAUUAGCUGAUCGAAGUGAUUUACAAUUUAUAACAAUAGAACGAGCUGGUCUUUUAGAUUAUACAACAAAUUCAUUAAAACCAGCUUUACAAAUUGAUUUUUCUCGUCAUUCAUUAGAAGGAAUUAAAAUAUCAAAUAGUCUUCAAGAUGGUCUUGGUGUUAUUUAUUCAGAUAUAUUUUCAGCAGAUGCUGUAAAUACUAUUAAAAAUAGUUAUUUUUUAGAUAAUAGAGGAAGUGGAAUAAGUUUUAAACAAUUGGGAUUUAAAAUACUAAAUUGUUUUAUUGAAAAUAAUAAAAUUUCAGGUAUUAGACAUAAUCCAUCAAUAUCUGCUAUUAAACAAAGAGAAUUAUCAGGAUGGUUUAUUCAAUCAUUUGAUUCAACAACUAAUAUUGAUAAUCCAUAUCAACCAAUAAUAAUACCAAAAACAAUUGAUAAUAUCGAUAUUGUAACUGGUGAAAUAAAAUAUAUUGUUACUGGUAAAAAAAUAGGGGAAAAUGUGCGACAUUUAAUUCAAAUAAGAUGUACACCUGGUUAUGUUAUUGGUAUACAAUUACUUAAUCCAAUUGAAAAUCUUAGUACAGAAAAAAUAAUAAUACAUGAUUCUCCACGAUCAAUAUCCACCACCACCACCACCAACAACAACAACAACAACAACAACAAUAAUAAUAAUGUUUGGGAUGUUACUAAAGAUUUAUCAAUAUUUCCUGUAUCUUCCAGUUCAUUUACUAUUAUUCUUGAAUAUAUCAGCGGUUUAAAUGCACUUGGAGGUGGAGUAUUGGUUUUAACAACAUUGCCAGCUCCUAUUCAAGAUAUACGUAAUCGUAUUGUUAAAGGACCAAUUCCAACAUUAAUAAUAUCAAAAACAAAAAUAAAAAAUAAUAAACGAGGAUUAAUGGCAUCAUAUUAUAAUCGUUAUAUUGAUGAAUUAGGUGAUCAUUAUUUAAGAAAAUCAAAUGAAACAAUACGUUUUAUAAAUUGUGAAUUAUCUCAUAAUCUCGAGGAAGCUAUUUAUAUUAAUUCACCAUAUUGGAAUUAUUUAUCGUCAAAUAUUUCCGAAAUUACAAUUCAUAUAAAUAAUACAUUAAUAACAGAUAAUGGACGUGGUAUUGUACAAUUUAGUCGUGAUAUGAGAUAUUCAAAUAAUUUAUUUCAUUGGAUAAUAAAAGAUAAUACUAUUGAAAGAAAUAAAAAUGGUGGUUUAGAUAUAUCUUUACCAUAUGUAUGGCAAUAUAAUGAAAAUUUUACACACUCAUUAUAUUUUAUAAAUAAUACCUGGCAAAAUAAUAAUAUGUUUGGUUUUUUAAUUGAUGGUCAUUAUGCAACAUUAAAUAUAACUCGUAAUAUAUUUGAUAAUAAUAAUUGUAAAUAUGGUUUAAUUUCAAUUCGUGGAAUGGAAAAAAAAAUGAAAAUUGAUCAUAAUCGUAUUGAAAAUAAUAAUUGUAAUUAUAUGGUUGAAUUUAAAAUAGACAGUCAAUCGGAAAUUUUAGGUGAAAUUUCUGCUAAUUUUUACUAUAAUUCAAUUAAAUACAAUAAUAAUAACAAAAAAAAUUUACCUAGUUAUGUUGUUGGUUUUGAUGGUAUUCAAAAAGUUAAAAUAAAUAGAAAUUUAUUUGGUGAUAAUAAUAUUGAUUAUGAAUUAUUAGCUGGUAUUAAAACAGCUAAAAUAAAUAAUAAAAUAGAUGUUAGUGAAAAUUGGUGGGGAACAACAAAUGAUACUAAAAUAAAAUCAAUGAUAUUUGAUUUUGAUGAUUGGAAUAAUCAUGCUAUUGCUGAUUUUAGACCAUAUUUAACAAGUGAUUCAUUUGAUUCAUCAAUAUCUAUUUCUUGGGAAAUAAAAAAAGAUAUUAAUUUUGAUAAUCUUGGUGGUCGUAUUACUGAUAAUAUUGAAUUAUAUCCAAGACCCGAACCUUAUAUUAUUAAUUCUGAUAUAACAAUAAUGCCACAAGCUGUUUUUAAUAUUUAUCCAGGUGUUGUUAUGGAAUUUUCACCAAAUGUUGGUAUUUUAGUACUUGGAACACUUAAUGCUGUUGGAGUUAAAGAACAUGAAAUAAUAAUGAGACCAAUUAAACAAAAACAAUACAAUGAAUCAAAAGAUAUUGUUAAUAUAAAUCCAACAACAACAACAACAACAACAACAACAACAACGAUACGUUUGUGUAAAGAUAGAAUAUGUUCGAGUUCAAGUAAUCAAGGUUUUAUCGAAUUUUUUAAUAGUACAACAUUACAGUGGAUACCUUUGUGUGAUAUUAAAUUCACUGAAAGAAAUGGCCAAGUUGCUUGUCAUCAAUUGGGUUAUGAUCCUAUAAAUACUUAUGUUAAUCAUUAUCGUCGUUAUGAAUUUCAUCCAGGAUCUUUAUCACGUAUUUGGUCAUGGCCAGAGCCAAUACAGUGUAUUGGUAAUGAAAAAAAUCUUGAAGAAUGUAAAUUAAGAUUAAAUGAUGAUAAAUUAUUUGGUAAUAAAUAUAAUUGCCCUUGGGAUGGUAAAUUUGUAUUUAUUCAUUGUGGUAAGCGUAAUCUUGAUAUUAAAUAUAAUAAUUAUUGGGGUGGAAUACGUAUUGCUAAUAGUGAAUUUGAAAAUUAUCUUUAUGAGCAUCGUUUUCAUGAUAUUGAAACUCAUGAAACAGUACGUCGUGUUGAAUCAAUAUUAAAAUAUAUAAAUAUUACUGGAGCUGGAAUACUUCAUAAUGAAAAAUCACCAGCAAUUCAAGCUAUUAUGAAAAAUCCAAUAAUAUCUCAUGUUACUAUUGAACAAAGUGGUUAUCAUGGAAUAAAUAUAAUAUCACCAAGUAAUAAUAUUGAAUUAUUAUUUAACAUUGUUAAUGAUAGUUUAGGUAAUGGUAUAAAUAUUGCAUCACUUACUGGUGAAGGUAGAGAAGCUGAAGAAAGUUCAUUUACACCAUUAAAAAAUUUAAAUAUACCAUAUAAUUUAUUUAGUAUGAUUGAUAUGUGUGAUACAAUGAAAGAAAUUGAAAUUGAAGAACGAGUUAUUAUAUAUUAUAAAUAUGAUAAUAAUCCAGUAAAUUGUGUUAAAAUAUUUAAAAGUUCAUUUCGUGCUAAACCAUUUGGUUUUAGAUUAUUACAAUUUAAUAUUUUUAAUUUAACUGAUGAUAAUAAUAAUAAUAAUAAUAAUAAUAAUAAUAAUAAUAAAAAUCAUUUAGAUAAAAUAACUCUUUAUGAUGGUGAUAUUUAUAAUAUAACAGCACGUAAAAUAAUUGAUCUUGAAUUUGAUAGUAAAAAUGAAAAUAAAUUAUUUACAACUCAAGGACCAAGUUUAAGUAUUAAAUUAUUUGCAAAUGGUGCUAGUGGUAUUUAUGGUUUUAUUGCUGAAAUUUUAACAUUACCAAUAUCAGCAAUUGGUUUUAAUCGUGAUGUACAACAUAAUAUAUCAUAUUCAGUAUUAUCAAAUUGUAUUUAUGAAGGCAUUAAAUAUACAAGUGCUGGUGAAGUUAAUGCAAUAAUGACAAUCGAACGUAAUCAAAUUAUAAAUAAUUGUCAAAAAUAUUAUGGUAAUUUUACAACUUGUGAUGCUGCAAUAACAAUUGAUAUACAAAAUACUCAAUCAUUGUAUUUUAGAAAUAAUUUAAUUGGUAAUAAUAAAGCUGGAGGAUUAUUUAUUCGUUCAGAUUCACGUGGUUCAGCAACAUCAUUAAAAGGAUGGAUAAAUAAUAAUCUUUUUACUGAAAAUUUAAACAAACCGGCAUUAUAUAUUGAGGGUCGUAAAAGUAGCCCUUAUCAAGAAAUUACAAUAUAUAGAAAUUAUUUUAUUAAAAAUUAUGCACCAUACGAUAACAAUAUUGUACUUAAACAAGUUGUCAGUAAUAUGUCUUAUAAUUAUUUACACGCUAAUCUUGGUCUACAUUUAUUGGUAAUAUCAGGUUUUGAACGUGUUCGCCUUCCAAUUUAUCAAAGUACAACUCACAAUGGUUUUUACAAAAAUUAUGCUAUUGAUAGAAAUGGACGCAGUACUGUAAUUGCUGGUACACCAGGACAACAAUACGUUGAUAAUGUUUUUUUUAAUCCUGACAAUGAUUAUGAAAUGCAAACUAUCAACAGAUCAACAGUAAUCAACAUGAUAUCAUUUGAUAACCAUUUGGAAAUGAUGAGAUCAUAUAUUGAUGCAAAAUUUAAUUGGUGGGGUUAUAAUGAAUCAAUAGCUGUAGCUGGAAGAAUAAGAGAUCGUAGUGAUUCACCAGAAUUACUUGUUGUUAAAUAUAAUCCAUAUCAUAAUAGUAAUAAAUCAGUAUUAAGUGGAAAAUGUCCACCAGGUUGGGAUCUUGUUGGUGAUACUUGUUAUAUUUAUAUUGGUGCUCCAAUGGAUUUUUACAGUGCACGUGAAUUUUGUAGAAUAGCAAAUGCAUCAAUGCCUUUUAUUAUGGGUGAUUAUUUAAAAUUGUGGAAAUUUUUACGACGACAACAAGAAAGAUUUGAAUAUUCAGAUAGAGUAUGGAUACAACAAUUAGAACGUGUAGAUCAAUGUACAACAUUUACAUAUCAAACUAUUGAAAUAGAUCAUUGUAGUCAACCAAGUCCAUUUAUUUGUGAAAUAGAUCCAAAAGUAUAUAUUGAUCCUUUAUCAUGGAGAAAAGAUAUUGUUGCUAUAAGUGUUCUUGGUGCAAUGGGAGCCGCUAUUGCUCUUUUAGCAUUUGCUAUUGGAUUUUGGAUAUCUAAAUCUAAAAAACGUAAAAUAGAAAGACUUGAACGACGAAAUUCAAUUCGUCAAUCAUUACAUUCACUUAGAUCUGUUGGUUCAACAUCUGGUUUUACUGAAUUAGCUUAUAGAAGAAAACCUAUUUCAACAAAAUCAACAGAUACAUUAACAUCACGAUCUUUAGAUUAUAAAAAAAUGUUAAAUACUGGUGGAAGUAUUGAUUCAAUGGAUAAAUCACAAUUAAAUUCAUCAAUUGAAGAUAAUCACAGUUAUGAUGUUUAUGAAGCUCAUAAUCCACGUUAUUCACCAAGUACCAGUGAUUUUAAAGAUAUAUCAAUAAAUAAAUAUCAAAAUAUUCAAUCACCACCAUUACCACCACCACCACCACCAUCAUCAUCAUCUAUGCAUAUUGAUAAUAAUAAUUCAGUAUUUGAUUUAGCUUAUCGAAAUGAUGGUUUUCGUAAUCAUUCAACAUUUACAUCACGAACAAAUAGUAAUUGGCCAUCUGUAAACAAUUGUCAAAUUAUUUCUCAUAAUAAUAACAACAACAAUGAUAACGAUAACGAUGAUGAUGAUAUACCAAUAACUCCUCUAUCUCAUCAUCAGUCUGACUAUAUGAAUACUAGUAAUAAUAAUAAUAAUAAUAAUAAUAAUAACAAUAAUAAUACAUCAACACUGCCAUUAAAUUCAAGUUUAACAACAUCAGAUUCAAUAAGUGAAUUAAAACGUGAUAUUGAACCAACUUCAGUAUAUAAUUCACCAAUUGAAUUUCAACGUUAUAAUCAACAACCAUUGGAAUAUAUUAAUAAUGAUGAUUCACCGACAACACCUAUUUCAGAGCCUGUUCCAGUAUAUUUUUCUCCUGUAACACCACCCCAAACAUAUUAUUAUGAUCAACGACCAAAAAGCAGUACACUACUUGAAACAAAUCUUGACAGUGGUGACGAAAAACCAUUACGGUCUAAAAGUGAAGCACUUUUGGAAACAAAUUUUGAUCAUUUUCUUCCGUCUAAUGAACCAACUGAACUCUGUCAAUUGUCUGCUGAGUCUAGGAGUAAAAGUCAACCGUUGGAAACGGCCAUGUAAAAUAUAAGUAUAUAUUUAUACAUGUAUAUCUCGUCAAGUACAAAAAUUUUUUUAUUUAACUAUUAUUAUUGAUAAGUAAUGCUCUUUAAUUUUUUAUUUUUUUUCACUACUACUACUACCAUCAUCAUCAUUGUUAUCAUUAUUAUUAUCAUUAUUAUUAUUAUUAUUAUUAUUAUUAUUAUGAAUAUUAUUAAAUUUAAUUGUAUCAAUAAAUUCAUAUUUUUUUUUUUUAUUUUACGUAUGCAUGUUUAUUAGGAAUAUUUUUUAUUAGAUUGUUUAAUUUAAAUAAGUAAAUAAUAGUCUUGAUAUUAUAAAUAACUUGAAAUAAAUAAUUAAUGUAAAAAAAUUAAUUGAAUGAAUAUGUAAAUUGAUGAGAGGAUUUAUUUUAUAUA